AUGGGUUUGAGUACUGUGAAGGUGCGAAGAGAAGAUGACAGCGACAGCAUCGAGCAAACCGUGGAAGGGGAGACAAGAGACGACAUAGCGUCCAGCCCGCCGGAGGACGUGCACUGCGCGGGCGUGCGGGCGCGCGACGCCACCGCGCGCUGGCUGCCGCCGCGCCGCCCCGGAGGCCGCCUCGCCGCCGCCGUGGUGCAGGUGCGCCCGCGCGCCGACCCGGCCGCGGCCUCCAUCACCCUCCACCAGAGCGCAGCCCUGCGCGCGGAGUACAGCCAGCCGAUGACCAACCUGCAGCCCAACACGCGCUACAGCGUGUGCGUGUGGUUCGUGACGGAGGCGGGCGACGGGCGCGCGGUGGACGGGGCGCGAGCGUGCGUGGACCUGUGGACGCCCCCGGAGUGCGGCGGCGGCAAGCGUGGGGCGGCGGGGGCGGGGGCGGGGCUGGGACUGGUGGCGGUCGCGCGGGCGGAGGCGGAGGCGCGCGGCGGCGCGGGCGACCUCUGGAUCUGGCUGGCCGCCCUCGCGCUCGCCCUCGUGCUCCUGCCCGUCGCCUUCUUCCUGGGCAGGAGUGGCUGUCGCAAGGAGACAACACCUGAUGAGAAAAUGAAAGGCAGCUGCUCCACGAAACUGAAAUUACGUAAUAGUGCUUUUGCAUUUGCAUUAUUGGUUCCAUCACUCAUAGACGUUGACGUCGACGACCUGAUUUGCUUGCACGAUGAGUUGUCACAUCAUAGAUUUCGCCCACUCGCCCGCUCACGGGGUUUGAAUGACAUGACGUCCAAACGUGAAACCAGCUAUGCUGCACCUAUCUCACCAUAUGCAGAAGUGUUACUUUCAUCAGCAAAGCUGCAGCCACCUGCCACACUGUCGUACUUGUAUGCUCAAGUGGAUAAGAAGAAGAAAAAGAAACAUCAACCAUCAUCAACAAAUGCAACUGAAUCAACAGAUCAAUAAAUGAUAUGAGCAAGGUUUUCAGUUUCUGACUAUUGGAAAGAAAAAAUGAAUGGUGGCUUUUUCUCUCCAAUGUGUUGUUUUUGUAAUAUACUCUUUUUUUAAUUUAAUAAUUGAACAUGAUCUGAAUAUUAUCUUCUGCAGAUUUCUAUGUUAAUAUACAUCUGCGUUCUGAUUUCUCCAUAUCUACACUUAUUUUCUAGAAAUAUUUAUUACCGGCAAUUGAAUAAUAAUUGUACAUAUUAUUGUCUCUUUUGUAAUUAAGUAUAGUUGUGGUUUCUUCAUUUCAUUCUUUACUUUUUAUGUGUAUAUAUUGUUUUUUAAUGAAGUCAUUUAAAAAAUGUUUUCUGUGCUGAGUCAUACUAAAAAAUUCUAAGCUCUAUAAGUUCACUCUUGUUUGUCAUAUAUUUUUUUUCAAAAUAAGAAUUGAAGUGAAAGAAACAUCAUUAUUAGAAAUAGAAGAAAUCAUUAUUAGAAAUAUUUGUGUACAAAAUAUGAAAUUCAGUGUAUUAUAUUAAUAUAAUCACAGUAUGUGACUACAUUUUUAUGAUAUGUACCAUGUACAUUUUUGUAAUUAAAGUAUCUCUUUCAGGAAAAAUACUAAUGUUGAUAUUGCAUCACAAAAUAUUGCCAUCUGUUUUCUCAAUACAUUCUCCUAAACAUUUAAAACUCCAAACAAUACUUUAUGAAUAAUAUUUUUGGUUGUAAUUAACAGAACAAAUUUUAAUAAUUAAAAUAGUACUAACCCACCCCCUGUGAAAUUUCCUAAACCAAUGGUUGGUUCUAGGAGAAAUCAUUUGUUGUGUACUGACUAGAGGGAUUAUGAAGCUUUGCAUAUAUCCCUCUCCCAAACAAACAACAACAAACAAACAAAUCCAUGAUACAUUUAGUGUUAAUAGUUUUUCUCAUUGUCUUUUUCCACUUUUUCCACAAUGAAAAUACAACAACAAGUACAAAAAGAACACACAAUUUUUCAUCAUAUUUGAACACCUUAAUUAGCAUGUCCAAAUUGUACUAUUUUUGAAAAAAAAUCUAUGUAAGUAAAGUGACAGUAAAUUGAAGUUUGGCUAACAAUAAACAGUGACAGUUUCAAAAGCCUUUAAGGUCAGUAUAAAUUGUAUUAGUUUGCCCAUUUUCAUUUACGUUUUCAAGAAUUUUUGAAUGAAUGAAUAAAGUUUUAAUGAAUUUUUGAAAAAACAAAAGAAUACAUCAAAAUUAAUUUUAUAUCA